AUACUCCGAUUUGAGGCUCACCGUGGAUCACGGCUGAUCGCGGCUUCCGUCUUUCGUCGCUGUCGAGUGUUCGUUCUCGUCUCGUGGCGUUCGCAGCGGAAUCAUAGGAAAAAUGGCGACGGAGGAUAUUGACCGUGCUAAGAUCGAGUGUAUGCUACGUACGCUGAAAUUGUCUGGUCACGUUGGAUUUGACAGUCUACCUACUCAGUUGGUGAAUAAAUCAGUGCAAAAUGGAUUUGUAUUCAACAUUCUCUGCAUUGGUGAAACUGGACUCGGAAAAUCUACACUUAUGGAUUCUCUUUUUAACACAAGCUUUGAAUCUAGUCCCAGUCCUCAUAAUUUACCAUCCGUAAAACUUAAGGCACAUACUUACGAAUUGCAAGAGAGCAAUGUUAGACUAAAACUGACGAUCGUUGAUACAGUUGGUUAUGGUGAUCAAAUCAAUAAAGAAGACAGCUUCAAAGCAGUCGUCGAUUAUAUAGAUUCGCAGUUUGAAGCUUAUUUACAGGAAGAGUUAAAAAUUAAACGUAAUCUGGCAAUCUAUCAUGACAGUCGCAUCCAUAUUUGCCUAUAUUUUAUAUGUCCUACUGGCCAUGGCUUGAAAUCUAUUGAUCUAGUAUGCAUGAAAAAGCUGGAUACCAAAGUUAACAUCAUUCCAAUUAUUGCUAAAGCAGAUACAAUAUCAAAGACUGAGUUACAGAAAUUUAAGAGUAAAAUAAUAUCCGAGUUACAAAACAAUGGAAUACAUAUUUAUCAGUUUCCGAUCGAUGAUGAAAACGUAGCAGAUAUAAAUACAACCAUGAACACUCAUGUACCUUUUGCUGUCGUCGGCAGUACCGAUUUCGUUCGCGUCGGCAAUAAAAUGAUGCGUUCUCGUCAAUAUCCAUGGGGUACAGUUCAAGUCGAAAAUGAAUCUCACUGUGACUUUGUAAAACUACGUGAGAUGCUAAUAGGUACUAAUAUGGAAGAUAUGCGCGAAAAAACGCAUUGUCGCCAUUAUGAACUCUACCGGAAAAAGAGAUUAGAACAGAUGGGUUUUAGUGACGUUGAUAGCGAUAACAAACCUGUUAGUUUUCAACAAACGUGCGAAGCGAAGAGAUCCAUUCAUUUGCAAGAAUUGCAACAAAAAGAGGACGAGAUGCGCCAAAUGUUUGUCGCCCGAGUGAAAGAAAAAGAAGCCGAAUUGAAAGAAGCAGAAAAAGAGCUACAUAGUAAAUUCGACAAGCUAAAGAAAGAUCAUACUGAGGAAAAAAAGAAAUUAGAGGACAGUCGUAAGAAACUUGAGGACGAUAUAUUAGAAUUCAAUAGACGAAAAGCGCAGUUUGCGCAGCAACCCCAACAUCAUACGCUGACAUUAGGCAAAAGCAAAAAAAAGUAAAACAUAUUUCAUCAUAACGACAUCUUUUUAUACCAUUUGAAUAUGACCAUGCAUUUUAAUUGCAUUAUCCAAUAG